CACACGUGGUUUCCGUUUAUUAUUAGCAUACUCUAUUAGGAUACUCCGUAUCUAUUUUAAAAUGGCUGCUAGUCAAGUUGUUAGGAGGAUCAUUUGCUGUGACAAAAUUGCUAAACCAGUCGGACCUUACAAUCAUGCUGUCAUUGUUAAUGGGACUGUCUAUGUAGCAGGAAUGAUCGGAAUGAAUAAGGAUGGCCAAUUGGUGGAUGGUGGAGUUAAAGCUCAAGCAGAACAAACAUUAGAGAACAUUAAAGCAGUAUUGGAGACUGCUGGCUGUACGUGCAACAAUGUUGUGAAGACUACAGUGCUGUUAGCUGAUAUUAAGGACUAUGCAACUGUUAAUAGUGUCUAUACUAAUUAUUUCCCUCCUCAGUAUGCUCCAGCCAGAGCUGCAUAUCAAGUGGCAACACUACCAAAAAAUGCAUUGGUGGAGAUUGAAGCUGUAGCAGUACUGGGAGAUAUUGUGGAUCAAUGAAUAGUUUGAAAUAAAUUUAAGACUUUUCUGCUGAUAUGUACAAUAAAAAUUAAACUUUUUUUCUUGUUAUAAUGACUGUUAUAUUAUUAUUAUUAUUAUUAUUAUUAUUAAUGUAGUUAUAAUACUUUUCUGAAUGGAAUAGAAGUGUUCGGUGCUAUAAUAGUCACAAUCUGUCAUAAAA